AUGGAGAAGAGUGAAAAACAAAAGCAUUUUGUGUUGGUUCAUGGAGCAUGCCAUGGUGCAUGGUGUUGGUACAAAUUGGUGACUCAUCUUAGGUCUAAAGGCCACCAAGUCACAAUCCUUGACAUGGCAGCUGCUGGUGUUCAUCCUAAGCAUUUGGAGGAGCUCACCUCCUUCACCGACUACUACAACCCAUUGCCGGAAUUUAUGGUGGCUUUGACACCAGACGAGAGGUUGAUUCUGGUUGGUCGUAGCCUUGGUGAAAUUUGCAUAUCUCUUGCCAAGGAAAGGUUCCCUCGGAAAAUUGAAGUUGUUGUUUUCGCUACAGCAUUCAUGCCUGGACCUGAACUUGACAUCUAA